UAUAUGUAUUUUUUUUCCUUUUUUUGUAAGGUUGGGUGAGGUUUCCCCCCCCUCACCUCUCUUAGCAACCACAUCUUUUAUAAUUGCAGGAGAUGGGAGGGGAGGGGAGAGGAGUGGAGGCACACACAUUCAUCCGGGCUCCUGAUUCACUGACACACCAUCAGCAGGGAUUGUGGACUGAUGGAGGGAAGAGAAAUUAAAAAAAAUCUGAAGGGGAAAAUAAAUAACAGCAGUUAACACUGACUGGAGAAGACACAACAGCUUGUCCAUCUCGCAUCUUCUCAGUAACAUCUUCUGGAAUGUCAACUUCCAAUGUCAAUAGUGGUACGUCCCUCCUCACAAGCUGAUGUCCAAAGCUGCAGAGCAGACUCUGGCUACAAAGGCGAAGGCAGUAAGGAACAGGAGGGAGGUCACCUGCUCAGGCCGGGGCCCUUGUGAGUUCAGCACCUCACCAGGCUGCAGAAAACCAUUAUGGGCAGAGGGGACACAGUUGCCUAAACCACCUCAUGACCAAAGGCAAUAUGAAAUCUGUCAGGAGCCCUGUGUCAGGCCUGUGAAUAAAAUGGCCAGCCCAAAGGAGCAACUGAAACAAAAUCCUCCAAACCACUGGAAAGAUGAACAAACCAAUCAGCAUCCUUUCCCAGGCCAGCAUCUCUGGUACUUAGGCCUGAAUUAUAUUCAGUCGGCUCCACUGGGCAGACCAUGCCUUUCACUUGCAUGAAAUUAGACUUCCAAAGCAGACAUUCUAUUCUGAGAGUUCAAGCUAGACAGAUUCAAGAUUCUGCGCAAAGCCUCCUUGAAACAAGACAAUGUUCUCACCCAUUCCUAGGAAUCUUUGGCCUAUGACUGCUGAAAGUGGAGAAGGAGCCAUUCAAGAUGGCACUGAGAACCUCGAGGACAUGCACCAAGACAGGAACACAGAAUAAAUGGCAAAUGGAAUACAGCAUCUCAGUAAUUUGCCUACCUGCCCUUCCCUCACGCACUUCCUUCCCCAUCUGUUGUAGUAUCUGUGGAUCCCAUAUUGCCCUCAUCAUACAUCUCAUGUCCUACAGAAUUGGACUGGAAGCAAGUAAGUUUUGAACUUGAGGCAUUGCCUAAGAUAGGAGUCUUGCCUCUGUGUUCAAACCUUCUGGCUUCAAUUUUCUGUCUGGAGACUAAGCACAACAUUUCUUUGCUGAGAAUGGUGCACUGUCAAAAGUGCUAUCUUGAUAAUCAACCCAGGUGGCAGUUCCGGCUCAUUUUUUUCCCAUUUCCUGCUAGACCAGUAACAACGUGAUAAUUGUAGCAUCUAAUGUGAGGAUUGUUUUGGACAGGAUUCAAGAAUUCAAAGCAAACAUUAUAAAAAUCUGCAUUUAAUCAUUUAAGAACAGUACUAACUUGCUAAAGCUAAUAUGUUAGAGAUUCUGGGAUUUUUUAUUUCAAUUUGUGGGUGUCACUGGGAAGCCAGAAUUUAUUCCCCAUUCUUAACAACUCUUGAGAAGAUGGGAUUGCUGCAGUCCUUCUGGUGAAGGUCUUCCCACAAUGCUGCUGGACAGGGAAUUUCCUUCAUUUCUUGCCCUUGUCCACUUUGUGAAAGAGGAUCUGGGUUUCGGGUACUGUGCUGUCAGAUCACCCUACACAGGUAACUGCAGUGCAUUUUGUUCAGUGUUCACAUUUCAACUAUGAUGUGUUGGUGGUGAAAAGAAUGAAUAUUUAAGUGGAUGGGUUGCUAAUCAAAUGGGCUGCCAAGUGAGGUAGAGCUUCUGGGGUGUUGUUGAAGUUGUGCUCAUCCAGGCAAGUGGAGAGUGUUUCAUUGAACUCCUCACUUAUUUCUUGAACAUACUGAAAAGGCUUUCAUUAUUAUGAAGUGUGUUACACAAAUAUCCCCAUUCUCAACAAUGAGGGAGCCCAGCACAUGUGCAAAUGAGAAAGCUGAAGUGUUUGCAAGAAUCUUCAGCAAGUGCUGAGUGGAUGAUUCAUCUCAGCCUCCCUCAGUGGUCCUGAGCAUGAUAAAUGCUGCUCUUCAGCCAAUUCGAUUCACUCCACAUGAUAUCAAGAAGCAGUUAAAGGCAUUGGAUACAGAAAAGACUAUAGACGCUGAGAAUAUUUCGACAAUAGUACUGAAGACUUGUGCUCUAGAACUUAUGGCGCCUUUGACCAAGCUGUUCCAGUACAGCUACCACACUGACGCCUACCUGACAAUGUGGAAAAUUGCCUGGGUAUGUCCUCUCCACAAUAAGUAGGACAAAUCCAAUCUGGCUAAGUACCUCCCCAUUAGUCUACUCUCAAUGAUCAGCAAAGUGACGGAAGGAGAUGAUCAGUAGUGCUAUCAAGCAGCAAUGCUCAGCAACAACCUGCUCACCGAAACUCAGUAUGGGUUCCACCGAAGCCAUUCAGCUCCUGACCUUAUUACAGCCUUGGUCCAAACAUGGACAAAAGAGCUGAGCUCCAGAGGUGAGGUGAGAGUAACUGCCCUUGACAUCAAGGCAACAUUUGAUCAACUGUGGCAUCAAGGAGCCCUAGCUAAACUGGAAUCAAUGGAAAUCAGGAGGAAAACUCUCCACUGGUUGGAAUCAUGCCUUCCUUCAGUCAUAAGACCACUUUGCAUAAAAAUGUCCAGUGCCGUUGAAGACCUCAUUGGAAUCCCAUUUCCAGACCAUAGCAACAAGCUGCUUUGUAGUUUGAAUGAACAGAGGCAGGAUGGCCUUCUCUGUGAUGUUGUCCUGAUAGUAAAGGAUCAGGAAUACAAGACCCAUAGGUCAAUCCUUGCUGCAUGUAGCAAAUACUUCAAGACACUGUUUACCUCAGAUACACUUGCAGAACAACACAAUAUUUACCAGAUUGAUUUUGUGACACCUGAGGCACUUUCUGCAAUUUUGGAGUUUGCUUAUACUUCAACCCUCACUAUUAGCAGCUCAAAUGUAAAGGAUGUUUUAAGUGCAGCACAACAGUUGGAAAUCCAGUGUGUUAUUCAAGUAUGCGUGGAUAUCAUGGAGGCAAGUGGCGAGGUGAUCAAUGAAAGUGGAGUUUCUGAAAAACAAUCCAACCAAGAGUCUGAAGAGGAACUGUGCCAAGGAGAUUUCAGAAAAUCCCCCCAACAAAAUCUUGAAGAAUCUCUCAAACAAGAUCUUGAAGAAGCUCCUCAAGAACCUAUCAAUGAAUCUGAGCAAAACCACUGGAAUAAGGAAUGUGAUUUUGAAAACACUUUGACCAGCAAUCUUAUGGAAAAGCAAUGUAGAGAACUGCCUCAAGAACAUUUAAACCAAUUUACAGUUAAUGUUCCUGAUGGAAGCUUAGGACCUGUGAAUGAUUUCUCCUUGGAAUCAUUCUUAAAAGAGGGGUUGAGUUCGAGAGGGCAUUUGCUGAAUGGAGACAUUCCACAUGGACCAGGAUUAUUUCCUCCCUUCUGGAAUGGAGGAUAUAAUGGUUUUCCACAGCUCAUGGAGCGCCAAGAUGUGGACCAAUUGCCCCUUAAUCUAGUAAUGAAGAAGGAAAAGAUCAAACAAGAGGUCAAAGAAGAUAUAUCUACAGCCACAAGUUUUUGUGACUUUUUUAAAGGUAUUAUGGUGGAAAAUAGUCAGAAUAACCUGGAAACAUUAAAGGAUGAGCUGGACUUUAAUUCCUAUUUGAAUAUAUUUGGUCCUUCCUAUUUGGCAGCAGUCUAUCCAACUUGGUCCUUGGAUUAUGAGAAAAAAAUGAGACCCAAGGCAUCUCAGCAAUGCCCUAUCUGCAACAAAGUGAUCCAAGGAGCAGGGAAGUUACCACGACACAUGCGGACACAUACAGGGGAGAAACCAUACGUGUGCAAUAUAUGUGAAGUCCGUUUUACCAGACAAGACAAGCUGAAGAUUCACAUGCGAAAGCAUACAGGGGAAAGACCCUACACAUGUAUUCACUGCAAUGCCAGGUUUGUGCAUAACUAUGACUUAAAAAACCACAUGCGGAUACACACAGGAGUCCGUCCUUACCAAUGUGUGCACUGCUUCAAGAGCUUUACCCGCUCUGACCACCUGCACAGACACAUCAAGAGGCUGAGCUGCCGCCUGCCACGACCUCGUCGGGGCCGUAAACCUGCUGCCUGGCGCUCCACCAGCCUCCUCUACCCACAGGGUGGCCCAUCUCAAGGCACAACUUCCAAUGAAAGUGGCACCAACAUCCUGCCAAAAGAAGAAGAUAGAAUUCCAAAGGCAAGCAUGAUGGAGCUAGGCAAUAUUGAGAAGCACUUUAAUGGAGAUGCUCGAAAUUCCAAGAUCUUCAUCAGCAAAACAGCAGCAAAAGAAAGAGAAAGUCUAAUGGCUAACAUGUUGAAUGGGAACCAUAUCAUAGAUGAAAGGGACAGAAGCAUCUUUGCUUUUAGCCUGACUCACAACAAUACUUUCUCGCACCUACCCCGACAGUAUUACUCAACAGGUGAUCCAUGGGGUAUGCAAUUUAAUCCUGCUCCCUCUAUUCAGGAGACUAGCAUUCCUUCAAGAUUGAGGCUUGCUGCUUCCAGUUCGAGGAAUGGAAGAUGCCCGUGCAUGAAUUCUGUUAAUGUGGAGUGGCCAUUACAAACACCAACUUAUUGACAGAGCAAUCUCUUUGCCCGGUGGCAAGGAAGUCCAAGUGUUACAACUCACCUCCAACAAACUGGAGCUAAUCUUCAGAACUAUUGUAAGUAUUCAACCUACAGUGAC